UGUCUUCUCCUAGUUUUCGCUGCUGCCAUUAUCACCAACUCCAUCGUCUUCAUUGUGCGUCACUCGACUGAGUUGGAGAGGAUAGGAAGCCCCCGCACGACCUCCCAAUCACACGUGUGCUCCUCGACACGAGAAAGGGGAUGGCGACGACUUGUUUUGCCGACUACGAUUCAAGCUCUUCAUUUCGCGAGAAGGGACGAUGAAGAAGAGGAGUUGCUUCAAAAGAAAAUAAAAGUGGGUGACAACAAUUACCAAAAUAUCAUUAAUGAGUUAUAUUAACAUAGUGCUAACACUUAUGGAUGUUCUCACUCUAUCCAAUCCUAAAUUCUAAACUUAAACCUAUAGCUGUCAAAAAAACAUAGGACAAUCGGGUUCGAUAUUUGUUACCUACCGAUUUCCAACAUUUCCCACAAGAACCCUUUAAGUGGUUUAACAGUUAACCAUUGAAACACUUCAAAUAAAAUCACCAUUCCAGAAGAAACUCCAAAUUUUGUCUAGCACUCCACAGCUUACUUCUUCUUCUUCUUCUUCUUCUUCUUCUUCUUCUUCUUCUUCUUCAUCAUCAUCAUCAUUUUAUCCCCACCGAGUUUGACUCAAUCAACAAAUUUUUGCCGUUUCCAUCCAUCAAUCUACCCUCUAUACAAGCUAUGAAGCUCCUCACCAUUUCCCCUUCUCAAAGCAUCCCAUGUUUUCCCCUCUGCUCUGUUUUUGUCUUCCUUUCAGCAAAAAUGGCGCCUUCCAAGCUACUCACCCUUUUCCUCUCCCCCGCCCUGCUGGUCCUCCUUCUUCGCCCCGCCGCCUCGCAAUCCCCCGCCGCCGUCGUUAGAGGCGGUUACUGGUUCCCGGAAAGCGGGUUUGCAUCCUCCGCCAUCAACUCCAAGCUUUUCACUCACCUCUUCUGCGCGUUCGCCGGAGUUGACCCGCAGACCUUCCGGCUCACUGUCCCCGACGCGAAUCAGCCUCAAUUUUCGACCUUUACCCAGACGGUUCAGCGCCAGAACCCAUCGGUGAAAACCCUUUUGUCGAUCGGCGGAGGCAAUGCCAAUCUCACGACUCUGGCUGCCAUGGCAAGCCAACCAGGCAGAAGGAAGGCGUUUAUCGGUUCCUCCAUAAGCCUUGCAAGAUCGUACAAUUUCCACGGCCUCGACCUCGAUUGGGAGUACCCAUCGGACACAACCCAGAUGGCCAAUUUCGGCGCCCUCCUCGCAGAAUGGCGCGCCGCCGUGGCGGAGGAGGCCGGGAGCUCCGGCAAGCCUCCCCUGUUCUUAUCCGCCGCCGUCCUCUACUUAUCCUACUACUACUCUCCCUCCGUCCCAUACCCUGUCCAGACCAUAUCAAACUCCCUGGACUGGAUCAACCUGAUGGCCUACGACUUCUAUGGCCCCUGGUUGCCGACGAUGACCGCCCCGCCGGCGGCCCUCUACAAUCCCGGCCGCCGCGAGAGCGGCGACAACGGGGUCAAUUCCUGGAUCGAGUCGCAAUUUCCCGCCGAAAAAAUCAUCCUAGGGAUGCCAUUCUUCGGUUGGUCGUGGCGGCUCGUAGACCCGGAGAACCACGAGCUUUACUCGCCGGCGAACGGGAAGGCACUGGCCGGAGAUGGUUCGGCCGGGUAUGACCUGAUCAAUGCGUUUGUAGCUCAGAACAGGGGAACCAAAGUGUUCAAUUCCACGGUCGUUUCGGACUAUUGUUACAGCGGGACGACUUGGAUCGGAUACGACGACGUUCAGAGCGUUUCGACGAAGGUUGCUUAUGCUAAGAACAGAGGGUUGGGUGGUUACUUCGCUUGGCAUGUUGGUGCUGAUGAUAAUUGGACUCUUUCCACCACAGCAUCGCAGGCAUGGGGAGCUUAGCUUAAGGAAUGGUUGGUCGGUUAUGUGUUUGAGGAAGAGAUUCAAAUAGUACAGCUUGGAUUAGGGGUGGGAAACAAUUAUGUACGGGAAUGAAAUGUAUUCGAAUCGAAUUGAAUAUAUUUCGAUUUGGUUCUCAUCCUGUGAACUAUUUUAAAUAUGAAAAAGAGAUUAAAAUUGAAUUUAGAUUCCGCCGAAUUGAAUCAAAUGAACCAAACAUACUUUUGAUUCAUAUUUGGUCUUUUUUUUAUCCAGUUCCGUAGUUCCGUUUCAAUUCGAUAAGGUUAAUGAAGUUAUGUCACCGGU